CUCACUCGGGAGAAAUAUUAAAUGUGGACACGUUUUUCUUUGUAGAGGGAUAUCAUGAAGUGUUUUAAACACAAGUUCUUGUUUGGAUUACUUUUAAAUGUAGUGAUACAUUUGGAAUCGGUUGAUGUAUCCCUAGACGCUGAAGACGAGAAUUUAGGUCAGAGAUUUCUGAGGAAUUUAGAAAACACCUUAGGAAAACUGCGACAAAGAUAGAGAACACCACAUGUCGUCCAUUGCCCCUCACUAUAACAGAUUGCAAAACAUUGGACCUAUAUGGAAGUAGCCUCCAAGAAAACUGCCAAAAAGAAGAUGCGCCCUGCUAUUCUUGGAAUAUUGCAUUCAUUGCAGGAGGGAAGAAAUUCAUGGUCUUUAUAGGAUAUAAUGAUGACAAGAAGAGAGAUAUCAAAGUCACUUGCAAUGAAUCAGAAUCAAUAGAAAAAAUGAGGACAAAUGGUACUACAGAAAUGGAUAACGAACAGGAGCAUAUGACGACGGUAUCAAUUUCUGAAGGGGUAUAUAAUCCAUCAACAAGGAGAAAACAGCCCCCACCAACUGACAAUUCUAUUCUGGAAACUGACGAUGGCAAGGAUUCAGCAUCGGUGAUUGAAAAUACUUCAGACGAAGAAAUGGAGACUGGUGGUGAUAAAAUGGAAGAAGGUUUCGUGCAAUGCUGGAAGGAAUAUACACGAAAAAUAUUAAAACGAUGUAGGAAAAAGUUGGAUCGCAAUGAUAAUUGUGCACAAAGCAUCUACAAAAGAAGACUAUUUUAUCAAACUCUUUAA